CCGACCGCCUCUCUAGUUUCCUCCUUCCCAGCAUUCCAAGCGUAGCCCCACUCUUCCUCAACAGCGUCGACAUUUUUUCGUGUUUGGGGCGGCUCACUUUUUGCUUCUCGUCCCGUUUUUUUCUUGUGUUUCGUUGCGCACUUGUGCGUGUCUCUCUCCCCUCUUCUAUGCCAUUCGCGUUUCAUGCUCGAGGCGGCAGCAGCAGUGGGGGCAAGCUAGCAGCAGCGGCCGUAGCGGUACAACCUCUCCACAGUGGGAAGUGGCCCGAUUUUUCGGACGGCCGCGUUUAUUUCGGAGAGUCUGCGUAAAGAAAAAGAAGAAGAGAAGCGCGGCCCGCCGGCUCAGAAGUCAGUGAGAAAGAAGAAGCAACGAGAACUCAACGGCAGCAGCAGCAGACUACACGACUGUGCCCGCGAGCAGCCCAAAAAGGUUUCGAGCCAAACGCCGUCGGCGCGCUUGUGCGCUCCGCCUGGAGGUCCCAUGUUUUCGCGCUCUCGGCUGUGAAUAUUCUCAAUGUGUGUGGUGCGUGGUUGUUGAUGGGUGCGCGCGUGGCAUCUGCUGCUCUGCUGUGAUCCCGUCGCAGCAUCUCCGCGCCGACGUGCGGCCAAGACGUUGGCGACGUGAGAAAACAACGCAGAGACGGUGGCUGUGGUGCGUGUGACUAGGCUAGUGCGGGUGUGCUUCUCCCCGGCGAAGGAGAUCGUCGUCGACUACGGCGCGGAGGAUCGGUCGUCUGCCUGCCUUCGGUUGCUGCAGGCAAAGUUAGCAUGAUUGCCGCAGCGGGCCGGCAGCAGCAGCGCCCUGCAAUCUGACGGGACGGCGUCCCAUGCUUUCCGUGCGCGGUGCGAAUGCUUUGCGUGUCGCGUCGACGACUUCGUGCAGCUAGAGGCGGCGACGACGCUUGCCAGUGCCAGUCCAGAUAUGCGAGUUGCGGCGGGCACCUAGCACUGCUCGCUACUAGCAGGCGCUUUUUCCCGCCGUGGCUAGCAGGAGGGCCCUGCCGGCAGCGAUGAAUACCUCCUCGCUCAAGUCUUCGACGACCGAGUGCCGCAAGUUUGCGCCCAACAUAUUCAACAAGUCCAAGUGUCAAAACUGCUUCCGAACCAAGGAUGCCCACUCGGCGGAGGCGCUGGAAAGCAACCGGGCCACCCGGAAAGUGUCGACCUGUGGCUACUUGUUCGUGGCUCCCGACUGGGACUUCUCGCAGGCGGUCAAUCGGACGAGGAGGUGGCAGAGGCGCUGGUUUGUCCUCUACGAUGACGGAGAACUUACUUACUCUGUGGAUGAGCAUCCGAACACAAUCCCGCAGGCGGUGAUUGACAUGACCAAAGUGGUGGCCGUGGCUCACGCCGAGGAGCUCACUGGAAACCAGUUCUCCAUUGCCAUCACCACGCCAGACAAGGUCCACUUUGUCAAAGGCACUGGUCGCGAUGACAGCAAGUGGUGGUUCGACGUGCUGUCCCAAUUUCCGAGCAACAUGGUGCGCAGCAAGAACAAGCACAAUGCUUGCAAUCUUGCGCUUGCGAAGUCAGCGCCUUCUGUCAACAUCCUGUCAUGCCAGAACCAGUAUGAAGACCGGGGACUUGGAAACAGGGAGAACUAUCGCAACGGCACGAUAGAAAUGCAGCCCACGCAGCAGCCACUGGAGAUUCGAAGCAAUGGCACGACAAACGUGGUCUCAACGAACAACCGUGAGGCACAUGUUCCACAUAAUGGAGUGCCACUCUGCAGGCUUGACAGUGGUGGGAGCAACAGCAGCAGCAGCGUGGCUGCCUACACCGACGCGGAUGCGCUCGCCAAGAGCCGGAGCCGUCGCUACCUCAAGCGGGAAAGCCGGGGACUCAAGAGCCAGCGGAGCCGUUCGGACGGGGUAGCCAAGAUGGUCCCCGCCUCCCGCGCGUCCGAGCUCCUGCCGGCGGAGUGGGCCGGGGAGCGGGACCACCCGCGGAGCGGAUCCAGCGGCAGCCCGCCUCCGUGCCCGUUCCUGCACAACCCCGUCUACCUUCUCCUGGCUGAGCCACACGCGAAGCCCAGUGGUGGCACCAAAGAUACCAAGACAAAUGUGUCGAUGGCGCAGCAGCUUCUGCUGAGCCGUUGGCAGAACGAGACCAAGAGCUUGCCACCGUCGCCCAACCUGCUCCACCAGGAGAAUCACCGCUCGUGGCGAUCGGGCGAGAAUUCGCGGCGGGACGGGGGCGAUGGGGGCUGCGCCGUGCCCCACUCGCCGCCUUGUCGCGACGUGCCGCAGUGGAACGUGGUGCUGCCUGGCGGCGGGAGUUCUCAGGAAAAGCAUGCGUCACGAGGUGUUCCCGACGGCUGUGGUCAGGGAAGUGGCACGCUGGAUGCCACGGCAUGUGACGGUGGGAUCAGCCAGCUCAUAGGUGACAGUUUGCCUGAGGAUCUGUUUGUCAAGAAAGGCUGGCUGAUGCGGCUUGGCCCAGAUGGUGAAUGGUCGAAACACUGGUUCGUACUUCGAAACACCUCGCUGACGCACUUCAACGACCCAUCAGCGGAGGACUCUGGCGACCCAAGUGCCACCCUGGACCUGCGAAUCGUACGCGAAGUCAAAGAGGUCGAUUUGGAUCGCAACUACGCCUUUGUCAUUAUGCUGUGGGAAGCGGACGAGGUCAUCCUCUGUGCCGUGACUGCCGGAAUUCGCACCAACUGGGUACAGGCAAUUCGUCAGGCAGUGAGGAACCGCAGCAGCAUGAGCAUCCUCUCUAAAGACGCACCGGCGCCCGGUCUGGUGACAGCGACAUCGGCGGUGAUGACGACAGCCGCGCAGGUGGCGGCACCGUCUCCUUCGCCAGCACCGCCCAACCUCCCUGCCCUCGAAGGACGGCCUCCCCACGAGACCUCAUCGAGCGACGACCACUCCGAGUAUUUCUCCAUCGUUGACGAGGACGAGGAAGAUGUUGUGGAGGACCCGUCGCGGACUCUUCCGCCGUCCCCGCCGCUCAACCGUACGGCUAUAUCGAGGGUGAAAGAACGAGCCAGGUCCCGGUCGAACUCGCGGUCUCGGCAGAGCCGGCGGCUUCGGUCGCCGCAGCCAACUCAGGGUGGCGAGCCAGUCGGUGCUGGUUUGUCGCACGAACCGGACGAGAUGGCUCGCAGCGACCGUUCGAGCAGCUGGGAUCCCACUGUGGGCAUGGAUGUCGUGGAUUCGAAGCCUCCUCCUGACACGAGCCGUUCUGCCACACCUUCGAAAACUGAUGCAACUACCUCUACUAGUGUUACUCUGACGGAUGCCGCACCAGCCUCUGCACGGAGGCCUCCAGUGGCACGAACGUCUCGUCGAUCGUCAUCCCUGCGGGAGCUUCGAACGAAAAAGCUAGAGUCACGGUGCUCUGAGCUGGAAGACCAACUGAGGGCACGCGACCGUGAGCUCGGACAGCUGAGGAGUAUACCACACGGAGGCGCAAGCUUUCUUCUGAGAGGCUUGCCCAACGACGAAGUGCUGACGCGCUCUCUCGAAAGCCUGGGGACAUUCCUCACCGCCAGCGUUGAAAAGUUGAGCAGGCUUAAAGAGCAGCUGCGGAAAGCCGCGGAAGAAGGAGGGACUGGCACUGAGAGCCUGCGGAACAUCUGGGGAGAGCUGGAGACCCUUAUCUCUGAGAACAGCCGGCGGGUCGAGGCAACGACACGAGCCCUGCGUCACUCUGCCACCUUGGAGGUGGAAGGAAAGCUGGCCCGCGCUGCGGAAGAAGCAUGGGUGCUUCGACGCGAGCUGAAGAGAUCGCAGGACGCGUUCGACGACCUCGAACUUCGUUGCCUUGCGCUCAAGCGGGAUGCCAAGAGCGCUGAGGAGCUGCAUGCUUCCCAGCUAGCGCUGAUGACUGCUCGCAUCGAUGACCUCACGGCGAAGCUUGCCCUGUCGGAGAAGGCACAGCGCCAGCUGCGACAGAGACUGGCACGUGCCGAUUCCAAGCAGGAGAAGCGGCGACUCUCGCUGAAGGGCAAGGAGGCUGCCGCUGCAGCAGCUGCAGCAGCGGCGAGCCCAUCGAAAGAGCUCGAGGUCAAGCUGACGCACCUGGAGCACAAGCUUGCGCUUCUGGAGGAGGCGUUCCAGGGUCCCGUCAACGAGGCUGCAUCCGACGCUUCUGCCCCGGAUGACCUCAGCACCGACACACCGACAGGUCGAAGGUCAUCCCUGGACAGCCUCUCAGGCGACCAGCAAAGCCUCCUGCUUCGUGUCCAGCUCAUGGACCAGAGGCUCCAGUCUGCCUUGGAUCAGCCAAAGCAUUUGGCACGGCCUCGGAUAUGCCUUCAGACGGAAGCUCUAGACGGAGGUGGGGCUGGUGACGGAUGGAGUAGCUUGUCUCUGGCAACAAGUGUCACAGACCUCCGGCUCCCAGAACACGGUGGCGAAUCGCCUCCGGCGAGUUACCGUGACUGUCUAGAUUCAUUAGAUGCAAGGCUUGAUUCACUCCUGGAAUGGCUGCACGAGGCACUUAUCUCACUUCGUGAAGCAGGUGUGAUGGGUUCUUUUCCCAAGCAUCUCGUAGACCGCAUAGGUACCAGGGACACGACAAUGGAUGAGAGCAACAAGGACCGCUUGGUGAGGAACCUGGCGCUCUUGCAACACAUCGGCUCGAAGCUAACAAUAGCAGCGGGCUUUGAUGCGCACUUCUUUGGUAACUUAGCCACGCACCUCAGAGAGACGUCUCUCAUCCUCUUCGCUCUCGAGGAGAGGCUUGAUCAAGUGGCAUGCUCACACGACCUCAGGCUAGUCACCUCCGGAAAUAACAAGUCAUGGGACCCAUUGGGAGAAGCCACAGGUCACUGCCAACUCACAGAACUCGAGAGCUCGCGAGGAACUGAAGGCGUCGCCGCCGAGGUCGAGGAGCUUUCGUCGCGCCUCAAGUCACUGGGCAGCGCGGCAGAGCGCUUCAACAAGAGCCGUCAGGUACUGGUCGUUCAGAGGCUCUCCGAGUGCCUCGACAUCCAUCCAACGUCGGACCUCGAGCCAGACGCCCUUCAGAACGUGGCGGAGCAGGAAGCUGUGCUGGGCGCAGUCAUGGAGGCGCUGUCGGCGGCGAGGGCCCACGUCAGCGACAGCCUUUGUCAAAGUCUUUGCUCAACCUCAGGGACCGUUUCAACAUCGUCGGCAGAUGCAGCGUCGCUGUUGAGGCAGCUAGAGGGCGCCAUGAGGCAGGAAUUUCUGAAGGUGCGCAGAGAACUGCGAGCUUCGUGCCUGGCCGAGCUGGAGAGCUACUGCUCGGCAAACCUUCCGCGCGACCUUCUCAACAGAGAGCUGGUUCCUGUAGUCCGCGACCUCGCCACCGCAAACUGCAUCUCGGCGGUGCUGAGGGCGUAUGUAUCUCAUGUUGAGGAGGCCGUUCGGCAGUGCACGAGGGCUCUGCGUCAAGACGAGCAGGCAGCGGCUUCUCCGUCUGCAGACGACGCAACGGAGAAGUCGGUGCAGGAGCUGUGCAACAGGGCUGCAGCCGUGGCAGAAGGUGCGCCGUCUCUGCUGCGUUCCUGGCUGACACAGUGCCUCGCGGAGGAGGAGCUGCACGAGCUGGGCGCAGGCGUGGCCUGCGUGAAUUCGACCACGGACGUUACGGACGCACUGGAGCGGCUGAGCCUGAGGCUACGUGAAGAGCGGGAGGGUCACAGGCAGCGGGUACUGGCAUUGCAAGACCGCCUGGAUGCUACGCAGCGGGACUGUGAACGCCUCCUCAAGGCCGGUUGUGCCACCUGUCGAGGCCUCCGGGAGCAGACAAAGGCGUUGGCACAGCGGGCAACCGAGCUGGAACGUGCUGCUCGAGACGGAACCCUGUGUGAGCGCUGCCCAGCGCAGCAGGAGCAGCUGAGGCACCUCGCCAAGGAGCAUUCCCGCGAGCUUGCCGAACACGAGGCCUCGGCUCAAGAGGAGUUCCAGGGGCGCAUUCGCUGUCAGGAAGCCAACCACCAGAGAGAAGUCCAGCGGCUAGAGGCUGAGCUGCAGGCAGCAAAGAACCAGCUACAGCGUCUUCAGGAGGAACAAGAGGAGCGCAUCGGCAGCCUGCGAGAACUGUACCAGCAGAAGCUGUCCCAGGGUUUGGAGGCUGUCGAUGCCGAGGCCGUGCGGCAGCGGUGUCGGCCGGAGAUGGAGCAGCUCAAG